GACGUCACGCCGUUUGUUAAGAUGACCGGCUGAUGGGCGCGUAGCGUCGAACAACUCCGCCGCAUCCUCUCCUCCCCGCCGCGCUUUUAACCCCGAGGCGGUGGGGAUGGAGGCGGAGAUGGAGACGGGGUCCGAGAUAGAGUGGUUGCCCGUGGACCUCCUCGCCUACAUCUUCUCGCUCGCCCUCUCCUUUAGGGAUUUGGCUCGGGCGAGCGGAGUUUGUCGGAAGUGGCGGCGUGGGGUGGCGGAGUCGCUUGCGAGGAAGGAGCGGCUCAGCUUCGCUGGGUGGAAGGUGGAUGACGAGUCCGCCUCCAGGGUCGUGCAGGCUUCCUACAAUAUAAAGGAGCUGGAUAUUUCCAGGAGUUGCUGGGGUUGCCAGAUAACUGACGAAGGGCUGCAUAAGAUUUCACAAACAAAAUGCGUUGGUAAUCUAUUAUCCAUAUCAAUGUGGGGCAUGACCGGAAUCACCGAUAAAGGAGUAAUUCAAUUGGUGACGAGAGCUAAUUCCUUACAGCACCUGAAUGUUGGGGGUACAUUUAUUACAAAUGAAUCUUUGUAUGCAGUUGCCAAUAGUUGUCCACAUGUCAAGACUAUCGUUCUAUGGAGCUGCCGCCAUGUCACGGAGCAGGGCCUCACCAUGCUCGUCAAGAAGUGUCGGAAGCUCGAAUCGAUCAAUGUUUGGGGCAUGAGGCUGUCUGUAGAUUGCUUUGUGAGCUUGCUUGCCAUCAGCCCUGCUUUGAAGAUAAAACCUAUUACCCAGCAACUUGGUGUUUGGCCAGUGGCAUAAGCAACUUGAUUGACGUUGCACUAUUUGUUUUCUUCGCAAGUGUGCAUAAGUAAUGAUUUUUCUGUUCAUAAAUAAAUUGCCUUAAUUGUGUAUAGACAAAGAAAUAUAAUGAUAUUGUUCUUGUAAAUCCUAAA